CUAUCAAUAAUCUUAUACAAACAGAGCAAACUCGUUCGGUAGUUGAUGAAUACGACGCCGGGAGGGUUUAUCUAGCCAAAUGGGCUACAAGUCUCGAUGAGGCCAGUAGAGCGGAACGCUCAGAAAAUGAACCAAAAAGAUGGGAAGAAGAGACGGAGGUGGGAACUUUUGAAGUUUUAAACGACGAGAUAACAUCAUUUCCGUUGCAUGCUAUAAGAACUGAUCCUCUUAAUGCAGAAAGAUGGUUUUCAUUCUUCGAUGCAGAGGGGAGGCUCAAAGUCGAAUUAAAUGAAGUACGAGAAGCGGUGUUUCGUGGAGGUGUCGAAAAUGACAUUCGUAUUGAAGUAUGGAAAUUUUUUUUGGGAAUGUAUCCGUGGGAUUCCAGUCGGGAAUAUUGGAGAUUGAAACGAGAAUGGUGGGAUUCACCUGAAGUUCUAAAUAGCGAUGAUUUUAAAGAACAGAAAAUGCGAAUAGCCGAAACGCUUUUUCAUCAAUUUCAACGAAGGGUUGAGGCAAUUGACCGAAAACGAUUAAAUAUACAGCAAGAGAAUCAAAAUUCUGGCGGAUCUUUACGAAGAAGAGUUGGUGAGUCUGUGGUACAAAAUGGUUCCGCUGGCGAAGGAUCCAGUUCAGAUGCUGCUGGUGCGGUUGAUAAAUUGCCAAUCAUAAGCGAAUUAUUAAGGGAUCUACUUGAUAAAUAA